AAAGUUACCCUUGGGCAUCGUUCCCAUGAUCCGCUCGGCGAAAAAAGUUUGGCAGGGCAUUUCCUUCAUCUUGGGCGUUCCGCAGGAUUCCCCCUUUGCACAUCUGUUUGCUUAUUAUUUGCUGUUUCUCUCGCGACAUUGAAGGUCACCGCGGUAUUGCUUGCUAGACACGGACGCUCACGCACACAAACUGGUUUGCAUGUGUGAGACGCCCGGACUCACGAAGGAACGAGAUUGUAUGUACGAUCGGUAUGACUGUCGCAUUUUUUGUUUUGUUGGCUAUUCCAACUUCGCAUUUACCUUUCUUGCCGAGCUGUUGAGCGAGCAAUAUCCUUGUUCUGUUUCUCAAAAGCUGUAUACCUUUCUCCUUCUGGAUCUUUUUCGGCUGCGCUUGUUGGCACGAGGAGACGAGAGAGUCAUGAUGAUUACGAUGAGCCCUGAUGAGAGCACGCUGUUGGCGCACACUCAAAAGGAAGGAAUACACAUCUGGAAGCCAGAUUGUCACAGAUAGGAUGGACCGCUUGGUAGUUGCGUUACCUAGUCGAGAAAAAUCUUACGGUUCCUUUCUUGAGAUUUCUUCUGCCACCAUCUUCCUUCGUUUCUGGGUCUAGGUUUUUGCUUU